AUGAAUUCCUCCAAAGGGGAUGGCCCAACGGAAGAGCAGCCUGCCAAACCGCGCAAAUCAGCCCCUCCGACUGUUCGAAGGAGAUCAAGUAAACAAGCCUCGAGCAAAGACCGCAAUGGCAUGGUGUUCGAGCGUUCCAACGGUCGUACGAUCCGCGCUGUCACUCCGGAGAGAAGCAAUAGCGCUGUGUCCGCGCGACCAGACAACGCAAGAAGCACACAAGUUGGUCAGUUCAGAGAUCACUCCGGCUCCUUCUCCACCACCGACGAUGAGAACUUGAACACCAUCGACAGUCGCGGUCGGAGAGCCCGCACGGCCUCUGGUCCAAGGAAGAAGCCACUUCGGACGCUUCGCCAGGGUCACUGCUAUCCAAGACAAGGAAACGCAUCGGCUCAAUCACGACAAGUGCAGCGCUGA